AUGGUUAGAGGAGGAGCACGUGGAGGAAGAGGACGAGGAAGAGGAAGAGGAUGUGGUCACAAUGAAGUUGAUGCUGAAACUGCAUCAGUUACAGAGAGUACUCACAAUAGUGGUCAGGCGCCAGCGUCAGUGCAUGGAGUUGAUUCCGCAACACUAAGGAAAAUUGUGAUGGACUCAGUUAGACAGAUUCUUGAGCAGGGACAGUUUCAGAUUCCACCUGUUGGACAGGGUGCUGGUGUUCAGGUGGUGCCAGAACCGAUGGCUGCAUACAAUUGGAGGAAACAACUGGAAAGGAACUUUGGUACGGUUCGUUGUCCAUUAGGGUAG